AUGCCACCUUUAUCAUAUAAAUUUCCCGUAAGUGAUAAACGACAUCUUUCAUUCCAACGCCAUUGGAUGGAACAAUAUUCUUGGCUCGUAUUUUCAGAUGUUGCUAAAGGUGCUCUUUGCAAAGUGUGUGUUUUAUUUGGUCGUAAUUAUGGUGGUCGUGGGGGACAAGAACUACGGUCUUUAGUAGCCAUUCCAUUUAUAAAUUGGAAAAAGGCUAAACAAAUAUUUGACAGUCAUAGUAAAGCAAAUUAUCAUAUGUUUUCGAUUGAAAAUGUUCAAGGUUUUAUGUCAGUUAUGACAGCUUUAAGGGGUAAAAAUGAAACUGGCAAAAUAGGUUUAACAGAACCCUCCUACAAUGAUGGCAAUUUUCGUGCAAUUUUGCGAUUUCGUGCAAGAUCGGGUGAUCUGUUUCUAAAGGAACAUAUUUUAUCGCAAACAUCCGAUAGUCGAUCAAUGUUCACGUCGCCAAUAAUACAAAAUAAAAUUAUUGAUCUAUGUGGCAUAUUUAUCCAAGAAAAUGUUGUAAAUAGAAUAAAAAAUGCUGGGUUUUUUACCAUUCUUGCUGAUGAAACGCAAGAUAUAUCAAGAUACGAGCAAUUAGCUUUGUGCAUUCGGUAUGUAGACGAUUCUUCUGCAGAUGGUUUAUUUAUCAGAGAAGAUUUCUUAGAGUUUGUGCAUAUAAAAAACGUGACAGCUUCAGCGCUGGCCACCACCAUCAUACAAUGUAUAAUAACUCUUGGAUUAGAUAUGGAGAUGCUGGUAGGCCAAGGAUAUGAUGGCGCUGCUGUGAUGAGUGGUCAGUUUCGAGGAGUGCGCACAAUAAUCUCAGAAAAAUACCCAAAAGCUCAGUUCAUCCAUUGUGCAGCCCAUACUUUAAAUUUGGUUUUGUCACAUUCUUGUGAAAUUUCGAUGAUACGAAACUGUAUUGGUACAAUUAAGACGGUAAUACAUUUUUUUAGACAAUCCGCGUUGCGUGAUGGCCUUCUUAAAGAUGUAGCAAAUUCAGCUGGAGUAACUCACUUUAAUCUAAUUUCUCUCUGUGAAACUCGUUGGACUGAAAAACAUUUGGCAGUAGAACGAUUUGCAGAAGUGUUUUCUGUAGUAACAGAUGCAUUGCAAGCUCUACAAGAUAGUCGAAGAGAAUGUGCAUCACAAGCUUACCAAUUACAACACGCAAUAGAAAACUCACAGUUUGUAGUGUCGUUACUUAUUUUGCGAAAAGUUUUUAGCUUCACCGAAAAUCUUAAUAGAAUUCUUCAAACCCAAAAUAUUGAUUUAACCGAAUCGUGUAAAUAUGUAGAUAUCGUAAAAUAA